AUGUCCCUGUAUUGUCCAGGAGAAAACCCUUCAACCAACAAUGUCCAUCUGGCACCACCCAGUGUAGAUGGACCAUUGGAUUCCUUGUAUCCUGAGGAACCUCAGACUGUGUGGGACCGGGCCGGCCUUCCAACAGGGAAGAGGUUCUCCUGUACGGAGUGCGGGAAGGGUUUCCAUUCUAAAUCCAAUCUUAAUGAGCAUAGGAGAUCUCACACGGGGGAGAAGCCGUAUUCCUGCCCUCAGUGCGGAAAAUGUUUUUCUCAUAAGCCCAAUCUUCAAAUACAUCAGAGGCUCCACACAGGUGAAAAGCCGUAUUCUUGCCCUGAGUGCGGGAAAUGUUUUUCACAUAAGUCCAAUCUUAAAAUACAUCAGAGGCUCCACACGGGGGAGAAGCCACAUUCUUGCCCUGAGUGCGGGAAAUGUUUUUCACAAAAGUCCAAUCUUUCCAAACAUCAGAGAUCUCACAAGCUGGAGAAGCCGUAUCCCUGCCCGGAGUGUGGAAAAUGUUUUUUAAAGAAUGCCCAUCUUUCCUUACAUCAGAGAUCUCAUGCAAGCAAGAAGCUGCAUAGGUCUCACACAGGUGAGAAGCCACAUUCCUGUCCUGAGUGCGGGAAAUGUUUCCCUUUUAAAUCCAAACUUAAUGAGCAUAAAAGAUAUCACACAGGGGAAAAACCGUAUUCAUGUCCUGAGUGUGGGAAAUGUUUCCGUUUUAAAUACGCUCUUAAUGAGCAUGAAAGAACUCACACAGGUGAGAAGCCCCAUUCCUGUACUGAGUGUGGGAAAUGUUUCAGUUUUAAUGCCCAUCUUAUCGAGCAUAAAAGAUCUCACACAGGUGAGAAACCGUAUUCCUGUCUUGAGUGCGGGAAGUGUUUUCGUUUUAAACACGCUCUUAAUGAGCAUGAAAGGUCUCACACAGGUGAGAAACCAUUUUCCUGUCCUGAGUGCGGGAAAUGUUUUUCGAGUAAGUCCUACCUUUCCUUACAUCAGAGAUCUCACACAGGGGUGAAGCCGUAUUCCUGUGCUGAGUGCGGGAAAUGUUUUUCCUUUAGGUGCAAUCUUUCCCAACAUCAGAGAUCUCACACAGGGGAGAAGCCGUUUUCGUGUUCUGAGUGCGGGAAGUGUUUCCGUUAUCGAUCUGAUUUUAAUGUGCAUAGGAGAUCUCACAAAGGUGAGAAGACGUAUUCCUGUCCUAAGUGCGGGAAAUGUUUCAAUUCGAAAAGCAAUCUUAAUGCGCAUAAAAGAACUCACAUGCAGGAGAAGCCGUAUUCCUGGCCUGAGGAACAUAAGUCACAUCUUAACAUACAUCAGAGAUCUCACACGGGGGAAAAACCAUAUUCCUGUUCUGAGUGCGGGAAAUGUUUUUCAGAUAAGGGUCAUCUAACCUCACAUCAAAGAUCUCACACGGGGGAGAAGCCGUUUUCCUGCCCUGAGUGUGGGAAGUGUUUCAGUUUUAAACGCACUCUUAAUGUACAUAAAAGAACUCACACAGGUGAGAAGCCAUAUUCCUGUCCGGAGUGCGGGAAAAGUUUUGUUAAAAAAUCACACCUGGUCACACAUCAAUGGACUCACACAGGUGAAAAUCCGUACUCCUGUUCUAAGUGUGGGAAAUGUUUUUCAGCCAAAUCCUCUUAUACCAGACAUCAGAGAUGGCACGCAGGAGAGAAGCCGCAUUCUUGUACUGAGUGUGGGAAAUGUUUUCAACAAAAAUCAGAACUUAUCAUACAUCAGAGAUCUCACACCGGGGAAAGGCCGUAUUCCUGUUCUGAGUGCGGGAAAUGUUUUUCAGUAAAGUCCUACCUUUCUCAACAUCAGAGAUCUCACACGGGGGAGAAACCAUAUUUCUGUCCUGAGUGCGGGAAAUGUUUUCCAAAGAAGCAUGAUCUUAGAAAACAUCAGAGAUCUCACACGGGGGAGAAAUCGUAUACCUGUGCUGAGUUCGGGAAAUGUUUUUCAGAGAAGUCCAAUAUUUCCCAGCAUCAGAGAUCGCACACGGGGGAGAAGCCGUAUUCCUGUCCUGAGUGCGGGAAAUGUUUUUCAGAGAAGUCCAGUCUUUGCAGACAGUGCGGGAAAUGUUUUUCAAAAAAGUACGAUUUUUAUAAUCAUCAGAGAUUUCACACGGGAGAGAAGCCGUUUUCUUGUCAUGAGUGCGGGAAAUGUUUUUCAAUUAAGUCCCAUCUUUACAGACACCAGAGAUCUCACACGGGGGAAAAACCAUAUUUCUGUUCUGAGUGCGGGAAAUGUUUUUCAGGGAAAUCUGAUCUGAAAAGACACCAGAGGUCUCACACAGGGGAGAAGCCAGGUAUCACACGGGUGAGAAGCCGUAUUCCUGCUCUGAGUGCGGGAAAAAUUUUUUCCCAGAAGUCCAAUCUUAUCAUACAUCAGAAGUCUCAUAUGACUGAGAAGCCGUAUUCCUGUGCUGAGUGCGGGAAAUGUUUUUCAAACUUGUCUGAUCUAUAUAAUCAUCAGAGAUUUCACACGGGUGAGAAGCUGUAUUCCUGUCCUGAGUGCGGGAAAUGUUUUUCAAGGAAAUCCAAUCUCAACAAACACCAAAGGUCUCACACAGGUGAAAAGCCGUAUUCCUGCCCUGAGUGCGGGAAAUGUUUUUCAGAAAAGGCCAGUCUUUACAAACAUCAUAGAUUGCAUACGGGAGAGAAGCCGUAUUCCUGUCCUGAGUGUGGGAAAUGCUUUUCACAGAACUCUCAUCUUUACACACAUCAGAGAUCUCACACGGGCGAAAAGCCGUAUUCCUGUUCUGAGUGUGGGAAGUGUUUUUCAAAGACGUCCAAUCUGUACACUCAUCAGAAACUGCACACGGGGGAAAAGCCGUAUUCCUGUCUUGAGUGCGGGAAAUGUUUUUCGCAGAAGUCCAAUCUUUACAAACAUCAGAGAUUACACACUGGGGAAAAGCCAUAUUCCUGUCUUGAGUGCGGGAAAUGUUUUUCAGUAAAGUCCCAUCUGUCGCAACAUCAGAGAUAUCACACAGGGGAGAAACCGUAUUCCUGUCCUGAGUGCGGGAAAUGUUUUCCACAAAAGUACGAUUUUAGCAGACAUCUGAGAUCUCAUGCAGGUGAAAAGUCUAAUUUCUGA